CGGGCCUCGCGGGGGACGGAGGGACGCAGGCAGGGGCGGCCGCCGGCCCGACGGGAGGCUGGCCGGAGCUGGGCCCGCUCGCCAUGGCCGAGAGACGCUGCGCCAAGUUCCUGCAGAAACUCGCCCUCCCGGGCGCGGGCCGCCAGUACCAGGCGCUGGGCAAGGACGAGGUGGAGGCUUUGAUCGAUGAACAACAUGAGCUCAAAGCCAUCGAAAAGGAGAAGAAGGUGGCAGCUCUGCCACCCAAGGAAGCGUGCAAAUGCCACAAGGAGGAUUUGGCCGAAGCACUUUGUGUAGACCUACACACUGGGCUGUCGGAGUUCUCGGUGACGCAGCGCAGGCUGGUGCACGGCUGGAACGAGUUUGUCGCUGACAACACCGAACCCAUAUGGAAGAAAUACCUCGAUCAGUUUAAGAACCCCCUGAUCCUGCUGCUGCUGGGCUCUGCCCUGGUGAGCGUCCUCACCGGGGAGUACGAGGAUGCCGUCAGCAUCGCCGCGGCCGUGCUCAUCGUGGUCACCGUCGCCUUCAUCCAGGAGUACAGGUCGGAGAAAUCUCUGGAAGAGCUGACUAAGCUGGUGCCUCCGGAAUGCAACUGCCUCAGAGACGGAAAACUCCAGCACGUGCUGGCGCGGGAGCUGGUGCCCGGCGACGUCGUGUCUCUGUCCAUCGGAGACCGGAUCCCCGCGGACAUCCGGCUCACCGAGGUCACGGAUCUCCUGGUGGACGAAUCCAGUUUCACGGGAGAAGCCGAGCCGUGCAGCAAAACGGACAGCCCGUUGCCAGGCGGGGGCGACCUCACCACCCUGAGCAACAUCAUCUUCAUGGGGACCCUGGUGCAGUACGGGAGGGGCCAGGGAGUGGUGAUUGGAACGGGGGAAAGGUCCCAGUUCGGAGAAGUGUUUAAGAUGAUGCAGGCUGAAGAGACGCCUAGAACCCCGCUGCAGAAGAGCAUGGGCAAGCUGGGGAAGCAGCUGACGCUGUUCUCCUUCGGCGUCAUUGGUCUGAUCAUGUUCAUCGGCUGGCUGCAAGGGAAGCAGGUCCUCAGCAUGUUCACCAUUGGCGUCAGUCUGGCUGUAGCGGCCAUCCCAGAGGGUCUGCCCAUCGUCGUCACGGUCACGCUGGUCCUGGGCGUGCUGCGCAUGGCCAAGAAGCGGGUCAUUGUGAAGAAGCUACCGAUCGUGGAGACUUUAGGUUGCUGCAAUGUCCUCUGUUCUGAUAAGACGGGGACUCUGACUGCCAAUGAAAUGACGGUGACCCAGCUUGUGACCUCCGAUGGGCUUCAUGCCGAGGUCAGCGGAGUCGGGUAUGACGGCAAAGGGACCGUGUGUCUUUUACCGUCAAAGGAAGUGAUCAAGGAAUUUUCCAAUGUCUCGGUGGGGAAGCUGGUGGAGGCGGGCUGUGUCGCCAACAACGCUGUCAUCAGGAAGAACACCGUGAUGGGACAGCCCACGGAGGGAGCCCUGAUCGCCCUGGCAAUGAAGAUGGACUUGAGUGAUAUUAAAAAUUCAUACGUAAGGAAAAAAGAGAUUCCAUUCAGCUCAGAGCAGAAGUGGAUGGCGGUCAAAUGCAGCCCGAAGAAUGAGGACCGGGAAGACGUUUACUUCAUGAAGGGGGCCUUCGAAGAGGUGAUCCGCCACUGCACCAUGUACAACCACGGGGGCAUCCCCCUGCCGCUGACGCCCCAGCAGAGAUCGCUCUGCCAGCAGGAGGAGAAGAGGAUGGGGUCGCUCGGUCUGCGGGUGCUGGCCCUGGCCUCGGGGCCCGAGCUGGGGAGGCUGACGUUCCUGGGUCUCGUCGGCAUCAUCGACCCCCCGAGGGCCGGCGUGAAGGAUGCGGUCCAGGUUCUCUCCGCGUCGGGAGUGUCCGUGAAAAUGAUAACGGGAGACGCUCUGGAGACUGCCUUGGCCAUAGGAAGAAACAUUGGCCUGGGCAACGGGAAGCUGCAAGCCAUGUCCGGGGAGGAGGUGGACAGCGUGGAGAAGGACGAGCUGGCUGACCGCGUCGCGAAGGUGUCUGUGUUCUUCAGGACCAGCCCGAAGCACAAGCUCAAAAUCAUAAAGGCUUUGCAGGAGUCGGGGGCGAUCGUGGCCAUGACCGGGGAUGGGGUGAACGACGCGGUCGCCCUGAAGUCCGCCGACAUCGGGAUCGCCAUGGGGCAGACAGGGACAGACGUCAGCAAGGAGGCCGCCAACAUGAUCCUGGUGGACGACGACUUCUCGGCCAUCAUGAACGCCGUGGAGGAAGGCAAGGGCAUUUUCUACAACAUCAAAAACUUUGUGCGGUUCCAGCUGAGCACGAGCAUCUCAGCCCUGAGCCUCAUUGCUCUGUCCACCGUGUUCAACCUGCCCAGCCCCCUCAAUGCCAUGCAGAUCCUGUGGAUCAACAUCAUCAUGGACGGGCCGCCGGCGCAGAGCUUGGGGGUCGAGCCCGUUGACAAAGAUGCCCUCAGGCAGCCGCCGCGGCGCAUGCGGGACACCAUCCUCAGCCGCGCCCUCCUCCUGAAGGUGCUCCUGUCGGCCGCCGUCAUCAUCGGCGGGACCCUCUUCAUCUUCUGGAAGGAGAUGCCCGAGGACAAAGCGAGCACCCCACGUACCACAACGAUGACAUUCACCUGUUUCGUGUUGUUUGAUCUCUUCAAUGCCUUGACCUGCCGCUCUCAGACCAAGCUGAUAUCUGAGAUCGGCUUUCUCAGGAACCACAUGUUCCUCUACUCGGUGCUCGGGUCCCUUCUGGGGCAGCUGGCUGUGAUCUACAUCCCGCCCCUGCAGAGGGUCUUCCAGACAGAGAACCUGGGAGUGCUCGAUCUGCUGUUUCUAACCGGGCUGGCUUCGUCCGUCUUCAUCGUCUCGGAGCUCCUCAAACUGUGUGAACUGUACUGCUCCCAUGCCCAGGCCGUGCACGCGCACCACGAGGACGUAUAGCGACCUGGCUCUGGGGCGCCUCCCCAAAUACUCUAUUUUUAUGUGACUGGCCCUGCCCCGCUCCUCCUGCAGUGCACACUCUCCAGAGGGAGAUUCUGGGGACAGAUAGCAGUAGGUCACUCACCUGAUCCUCCCUCCUGGAGACCCGCAGGAACCUCAGGGUGGUCCUCUGGCGGCCCCCACCUCGUGGUCCCUCGGGCCAGCUCUGGGACACACAGGGAGCAGCCUGCAUAGAGAC